AUGCCUUGCUACCACGAGAUGUCGCCAUUCUCUCAAGUCCCUGGUCGCAAGGAGCGAAGGGACUCAGUCAGCUCUCUGGCAUCAGUCUCAUCUACCAUGGAGGACGAUUCCUUGGUUCAUCGGCCAUCCAUGUCCUACGUGAAUGUGCCUGACAGCUCUCUCCACGGCCUCUCCGGCCGCGUCAGAACCAAUGGGUACCUGUAUAUCUGCUGCAAUUGCCAUGAUGGGCCCAAGCUAUACAACAACCAACCUCGAUGUGUUAUGUGCCAACACGUUGUCUGCUCGGAUUGUCAGCAUGUGAAUGUUUUGAUUUUUGUGAUGUUUGAUUAUCAUGAUGGGCUCAUGGGGCCGCUGCAAGACAAAGUAUAG